AUGGCCGACUCGUCCGCACAACCUCAGCAACUUCUGAGGAAACACUCGCUGCAGUAUUCGACCUCUUCGCUUGGCCACCAAUCAUCCCAAGGCCCGCCCAAGCUACGCAGAAGCGCCUCGGCUGCCGUCCGCUCGCAGUACAACACGUCGUCGCACACGACCAAUCAAUCUCGCCGACCGACCAAUCCCACUCUCGCGCGCGACCUGUCCGAACCUGAGUUGCGCUCCCACAACGGCCUCUCCUACAACCACCUCGCCAAUCUCGCCGAGCACGCUGCCGACGAGAAUCCCCAACUGCGUGUCGUACCGCCGGACGGUGCUGCUCGUCCGGACUCCAUCUCGCUCUUCAGCGCCGCCUCGCACUCCCACGACACCUCUCCCUCUCCCUCUCCCGUCGGCUUGACUGCACCCCAGUCUGCAAACGCCCAGACUCUCCCUACCCAGCCCAAACGCCCGUCCAUCUCUCUCAGGUCACAGACCGCCGGCUCGCGCUUCAACUCGCUGCGCAACUCGACCAGCUUCCGUCUCACUCGCAACAACUCAUCUGCUGGUCCCAUGGACAGCCUGUCACCCCGUCCGGAGAGCUCGAAACGUCUCAGCGAUGAACUGAAGGCCAAGAAGAAGAGCGGCUUCAGCAUAUCCAGCUUGUUCAAAUCCCCCGGCCGCCCCACCAUCUCUGCUCCCGAGAACCCUGUUCAUAUCACCCAUGUCGGCGUUGACAAUCGCACCGGCGAGUUUACCGAACAAAAACGUGAUCCCAAGGCCAUUGUGGACAUUGUCACGUUCUACAAGGAGAACGCGGAGAAGAAUCCCGAAGAUGGCAUCUGGCAGAAGUUUGGGCAAGCUCAUGCGCGCGACACCCCUCAGCAUAUGUCUCCUCCGAGCGGCCUCACAUCGCCCAUAGUCACUCCUGGCUCAGGUUUCAACUCACUUGUCAGCCCUCCACAAAGUCCGCGUUUCCCGCCCAACAACGAGGACAGCUUUGAAAAUCCCAGAGCCGCUCCUCCGGUCCCUCGCAACGUCGGUCUUGGUCUUGGUCCCAUGUCGCCUACUAUGUCUAGCGGCAACACAAUACCUCUGCCCCCUGCUGUUCCCGGAACAACGUCUCCCCAACAACAGAAGUCCCAGGAUGAAUACCCUGCCGUCCAAUAUGCUCCCCCAACCAUCAACGAAGUAUCACAGCCUACCGUGUCUCGUUCUCGGUCAAACACUGCCACUCAAGCGCAACAACACCAGCUCCCGGCCACUUCCUCGCCCUAUGCAUACCAACAACAGCAGCAACAAGCUAUGGCUGCGGCUCAGGCAGCACUUCAUCAAUCAGGUCUUGAACGCAAGCAAAGUCAACGCACCCCUCAACCUCAUGUCCAGAUCCCAAAUCCUCAGGCGGUCCCCAUGCCCAAUCAGGAAGCCCGCGUCGGUCCUGUUCCUAGACCGAGACAGCGACCCCAGCGUCAAAGCCAGCAGCAGAAUGGAGAGAUUAUUGCGAAACUCAAUGCAAUAUGCACACCUGCGGAUCCCACAAAGAAGUACCGCAACCUCAACAAAAUUGGCCAGGGUGCAUCUGGUGGUGUCUUUACCGCUUACGAGGUUGGCACCAACAAGUGCAUCCUGGUCAUGAAGGACAGCAAGCACAAGAACAUUGUCAACUUUAUGGACAGCUAUUUGGUCAAGGGGGACUUGUGGGUCGUGAUGGAAUAUAUGGAAGGUGGCAGUCUGACAGAUGUGGUCACAUUCAACAUGAUGUCUGAGCCGCAGAUUGCAGCUGUGUCCGACUUUGGUUUCUGUGCACAAAUCAACGAGUCUCAACAUAAGCGUACGACCAUGGUCGGUACACCAUAUUGGAUGGCUCCUGAAGUGGUAACACGAAAGGAAUACGGCCGCAAGAUUGACAUUUGGUCACUCGGCAUCAUGGCUAUUGAGAUGAUCGAGGGCGAGCCCCCAUACCUCAACGAGUCACCUUUGAGAGCUCUGUAUCUGAUCGCGACCAAUGGCACACCUCAGAUCAAGGCUGAGGAGGAGCUAACACCUAUUUUCCGCGACUUCCUCGCCUUUGCCCUCAAGGUUGAUCCUGAUAAGAGAGCCAGUGCGCACGACCUGUUGAUGUUCAUCCAAGGAGCAGAGCCAUUGGUGACACUUGCACCACUUGUGCGGUCGGCCCGUUCAGCAAGGGCCGAGGAGCGCAAAAACAAGGGCAUCUGA